GUGGGCGGGUCCAGGGCGGGCAGCAAGUGUCUCUGCGCCCGGGAGGCUGGUAUCCCUCCGUGGAAACUUUGAGGAGUUUCUUGUGAGGACCGGAGGAGAGAGGAGAGGAAACACUGUGGAUGUAACAGAGCACUUUGGUGCAUUUGUGGAAAACAAACUCCAACAUGGACAACGACACCAUCCACCCGAGUUGCCAGCAGAAGCCUCCUCUCGCCAUCGACAUCAUCCUCCAGUUGGACAUUUUCGGCAUCGUCCUCUACUCUGUGCUCACCUUCAUGGCCGCCGUGUCCAUGCUGGUCUUCGUGGAGGAGUGUGUGUACAUCUAUAGGAAAGUGCCCAACAACAAGAAGAGUUUGAUCAUCUGGGUGAACGGGGCGGCACCGGUGAUCGGCACCAUGUCGUGUGUUGGGAUGUGGAUCCCCAGAGCCACCAUGUUCACUGAUAUGACCUCAGCAUGCUACUUUGCGGUGGUGGUGUUCAAGUUCCUGAUCCUCAUGGUGGAGGAGGUGGGGGGGGACGAGGGCUUCCUGAAGCGAGCGGGCAGAUAUAAACUGAAGAUCAGCACCGGGCCGUGCUGCUGCUGCUGCCUCUGCCUGCCUCACGUGGAAAUCACACGGCGCACGCUCUUCCUGCUCAAACUGGGCUCCUUCCAGUUUGCCAUCCUAAAGAUUGUCUUCACCAUCCUCUCCAUUGUGCUGUGGACCAACGGCACCUUCGACCUGUCCGACUUGACCAUCACAGGAACAGCGAUCUGGAUCAACCCGUUCGUGGGCAUCCUGACGAUCAUAGCCCUGUGGCCGGUCGCCAUCAUGUUUAUGCACCUGAGGGUCACCCUGCGGACCCUCAAGAUCAUCCCCAAGUACGCCAUGUACCAGCUGUUGCUGAUCUUGAGCCAGCUGCAGACAGCCAUCAUCAACAUCUUGGCGUUGAAAGGCACCAUCGCCUGCACUCCGCCCUUCUCCGCCACGGCCAGAGGAUACAUGAUGGGUCAGCAGCUUUUGAUCCUGGAGAUGUUCAUCAUCACGCUGGUGACGCGGCUGCUUUACCGCCGACAGUACGACCCGUUACCGGACGAGCAGAGAGAAAUCAACGAAAACACCAAGAUGGUGGCAGUACACGGGUCCGCAUGAGGGUGUGUGUGUGUGUGUGUGUGUGUGUGUGUGUGUGUGUGUGUGUGUGUGUGUGUGUGUGUGUGUGUGUGUGUGUGUGUGUGUGUGUGUGUGUGUGUGUGUGUGUGUGUG